UUACCGUCUCCGGCAAGUCAAGAGGUUAUUUUCCAAUUCUUGAUGUGUUGCAAGAAGAACCAUCACUCUCGUUCUCGUAUUGAGCCAAGUACCGGAAUCGUUUCUGUACAGAUGGAGGAGCAUGCUGUUGCUGCUGCGGCGCUGGAGGAGGAUGUGACGGCUGCGGACAAGUGGCGAGUGUCGAGGCUUUUGUUCACAAUCGAGGAAGAGGAUUUGGAUCAAUUGGAAGAUGAUAAUGAUGAUGUGGCCUCUGUGGAAGUAGAUACUGAUGGCGAACUCCGAGUUGACGUUCCCAUGGAAUAUUCCGGCGAUCCAACACCGUUCUUGACGCCGUGCGACUCUCCUCCGUACUUCACUCCUUCGCCAUCUCCUGGUCGGGAUGUGGAUGACGUCAUUGAUGUUUAUGACAUCAGCAGCAGAACUAGCUGUUGUUUCAAUUUCCAAGGCUCUCAGAUGUGUUAAUUUUUUUUUAUUUUGCUUAAUUACUUCCAACGGUUUUUACAGAUUAGGUGGAACAGUUUCGUAAUUAUUUUACGGGUUUUGUCGGAAUUAUUUUAGUAUUUCGUUUUUUUUGUUACUACAACUUUGUCGUCGUCAUUUUUUUUUUCCGCCAAUAUGAAUAUUAACCAAGACUACAUCAUAUAUACAAUAUGUUGUCAAAAUUAGGACGUAAUGUGAAUAUGUGUGAUAAGUCGAGGAGAUGACGGCAUGACGCUAUGAAGCUGACGAUGAUGAUGAUGUAAAUGAGGGAGGGAUGGUUUACAUUUUGUUUUCUUAG